AUGCCCUCCCCCCCCUCCCCCCCCCCCGUGCCCCUUAAAGAAGUCAAAGUAAAUGUGGCUGGGAAAAAAUCAACAGACCAGAUAAUCCGUGUCCAGUCCCCGGACGGGGUGAAGCGGAUCACAGCCACGAAGAGAGAAACAGCCGCAGCGUUUCUGAAAAAGGUCGCAAAAGAGUUUGGCUUCCAGAAUAAUGGCUUCUCAGUUUACAUAAAUAGAAACAAGACUGGAGAGAUAACAGCAUCAUCUACCAAAUCCCUGAGUCUGCUCAAAAUCAAGCAUGGAGAUUUGCUGUUCCUGUUCCCCUCGGGCCUCGCCGGCCCCUCGUCGGAAAUGGAGACGUCGGUCCCGCCGGGGUCGAAGGCCUGCGGCGCUCCCACCGUGGUGGAAGACGAGAUCGACCAGUACCUCAGCAAGCAGGACGGGAAGAUUUACAGAAGCCGCGACCCACAGCUGUGCCGACACGGCCCCCUGGGGAAAUGCGUGCACUGUGUUCCACUAGAGCCGUUCGACGAGGAUUACCUGAACCAUCUUGAGCCUCCUGUGAAGCACAUGUCCUUCCACGCCUACAUCCGAAAGCUGACCGGGGGCGCCGACAAGGGGAAAUUUGUUGCUCUGGAGAACAUCAGCUGCAAGAUUAAAUCAGGAUGUGAGGGGCACCUUCCGUGGCCCAACGGCAUCUGUACUAAGUGCCAGCCAAGUGCCAUCACACUGAACAGACAGAAAUACAGACAUGUGGACAAUAUCAUGUUUGAGAAUCACACGGUUGCCGAUCGCUUCCUUGACUUCUGGAGGAAGACAGGGAACCAGCAUUUCGGGUAUUUGUACGGACGGUAUACAGAGCACAAAGACAUUCCUCUUGGCAUCAGGGCUGAAGUGGCCGCGAUUUACGAGCCUCCCCAGAUUGGCACACAGAAUAGCCUGGAGCUUCUGGAAGACCCGAAAGCUGAGGUGGUGGAUGAGAUUGCCGCCAAGCUUGGCCUGAGGAAGGUUGGCUGGAUAUUUACAGACCUGGUCUCAGAAGACACCCGGAAGGGUACAGUGCGAUACAGUCGGAAUAAGGACACCUAUUUCCUGAGUUCGGAAGAAUGCAUCACGGCAGGAGACUUCCAAAAUAAGCAUCCCAACAUAUGUCGGCUCUCUCCAGAUGGACAUUUUGGAUCCAAGUUCGUUACCGCGGUGGCUACAGGUGGUCCCGACAACCAGGUCCACUUUGAAGGGUACCAGGUGUCCAAUCAGUGCAUGGCGCUGGUCCGUGACGAGUGUCUGCUGCCGUGCAAAGACGCCCCUGAGCUCGGCUACGCCAAGGAGUCCAGCAGCGAGCAGUACGUGCCUGACGUGUUUUAUAAGGACAUAGACAAGUUUGGCAAUGAGAUCACCCAGCUGGCCCGGCCCCUUCCCGUGGAGUAUCUGAUCAUAGACAUCACAACAACUUUCCCCAAGGAUCCAGUUUAUACUUUUUCUAUUUCGCAAAAUCCGUUUCCUAUUGAGAACCGGGACGUGUUGGGUGAGACACAGGACUUCCACAGUCUGGCCACCUACCUGUCCCAGAAUACUUCCUCCGUGUUCCUGGACACCAUCUCGGAUUUCCAUCUCCUGCUCUUUCUGGUCACCAAUGAAGUCAUGCCUCUGCAGGACAGCAUCAGCUUGUUGCUGGAGGCUGUGAGGACCAGAAAUGAGGAGCUCGCGCAGACGUGGAAGAAAUCCGAACAGUGGGCCACCAUCGAGCAGCUCUGCAGCACGGUCGGAGUGCAGCUUCCAGGCCUCCAGGAGUAUGGAGCCGUGGGCGGCUCCACGCACGCUGCCACGGCCGCCAUGUGGGCCUGUCAGCACUGCACCUUCAUGAACCAGCCGGGCACCGGCCACUGCGAGAUGUGUAGCCUCCCUAGGACCUAGGGCCCCCGGCCCCUGCUGGCAGGACUCGGCCCACCGCAGCCUCUCUCUGCAGCCGGGAUCAUUGCAACCGUCGCCCCGCGGUGGGCAGCCCUGAAGGGCGGGGCAGGGGGGCUGCGCUGGGGUCUCCGACCCACGAAGCUUCUCAGCACCAGGCUUCCGUGGAGGGAGAGCCAGCCUGGCGCUCUGCGGGCUGGCAGCAGCCUCCUAGCGGAGCGGCACGGUGGUCUCCCUCCCCCCCCCCGCCCCCCCCCCCAGACGCCCCGCGCCGGCCUCCGAGGUGAUGGAAGGCCCCUGGCGCCUUGGAAUCGUCACCUGGGGUUGGGAGGGACGCCGAGGCCUUACUGCCACCAUCCAGCUUUCUCUUCCCUUCCCUUUGGAUGCUUUUUGUUCUUGCCCCUCCCGUGGUUCUGGUUGGGGGUUUUUGGUGGCCACCGUACCUGUCGCUCUGGGCAGACCCUGCCCGUGAGGCCUCUUCCUCCCCUGCCAGCAGCCGCCGUCUGGCGGAACGUGAGCAGGACCGGGCUCGCCGACCCACCGUUUGCUUGAUCUGCGGCUUAGUUUGCUGCCCACCCUUCUCGCACUCACCAGACAUCCAGGUGGGGCUUUUUAAAGUCUGCGUUGGUUGUAAUAACAGUUAUCAGUAAUUUCUGCCCGGAAGACUUUUAUUUAUUUCUUUUUAAGGUAAAAACAACAUAAAAGGGGAGUGAGAGAGA